CAGGCAGAGUUUCCCAGUCAGUCUGCUCGAGACGGUUGGUCGGUACGGUUACGGCUUAACCGUUGCAAAAGGGCCGAACUGGCGCCGAGGCCUCAAGUGUGAAACAGUGUGAUAAAAGAGUGAACCAUCACGUGAUACGCUUGCGUCUAAAGGCUUGUUAAAAAGCAUUGUGAUAUAAAACGGAAAAAAAAAGUUUGAAAAAGUGAAAACAGUCACAAGAAAAAAAAGGCUAGUGCAAUUGUUGGAAAAAGGAAGAUCGAAAGAGAAGAUCGUUUCAGUGUGUCGGAGCGCAUGUUACGGUCAUGUUCGUGCUCUGGUGGUUCAUUACAAAAGCGUUAAUAGAAAGUGAAGUGAGUCGAAGGCAAUUGGCAAAACUGUGAACAACGCGGACCAAUUCUCAAGCCUGAAUACACAGGCAACAGGCAAAACACAAGAAAAACCGUUUGCUCAACAGCGACAAAAGUGGGAAAGAAUUCGAGAUAUUUUUAGAAAGCAAACAACAAGAAGAGCAAAACAAACGACAAAAACGACAAAAAGAGGUGUACUUCCCGCACUUCAACGUGUAGGCGCGGGGGUGAACAAUUCUUUCGGGGGAACCUGUACGCAAAGAGUUUCAGUGUGUGUAAGUUUGUUUCCCCGUGGGUAGGGUUUUCACUGCCAAAAGUGGCGUUCAAAGCCGCGUUACGACAGUCGAAAAGUCACGAAACAUCCAUCAAACGAGAAGCGAUCGUUUCGUUUUUUCACGUGAAAAAGUCGCACCCGAGCAAAGAGCUGGGCCCCAUUGGAAAGGUCGAAGUGGACGGGCCUUGCAGGAACGAUUUGCAAUCCAAUUUUUGGCACUUUUAACCGCAAACACCAAACAUCGAGAGAGAAAGUGCAACCCAAAAACACAAGCGCGUUGGAAGCGAAGAAGCAUAAGGGCUGGCCGAAAAUAAACAUUCCGGCCUAGACAUCGCCGGUAUUGCGUUACGCAUCGGUGUUACGCAGCCGGAGUGUCCGGAAAAAGCGCACCAGGAAAAUAGCUGACUCACACACACACGUGUGUGCUGUGGAAGUGUGUAAAUGCAAACGAAAAAAGAAGGGGAAAAGUAGACCACCAGUGCGGUGUGGGCAUUUUUUUUGGAUAGUGAAGACAGAUAGAGACACCGAAAUUCCAACGGCUGCUCUCUGGGUAGGAAUUUUCCCUCCUGCGAGGGGAAACAAAAACUAACACAAACGCACGUGGAGGAAUUUAAACGCGUUCGUCGCCUGUUGUGUUUGUAUAUAAAUUAAAUCGAAAGGAAUGAAAGUGUUUUAAAACGCAGCCGAGAGCUCCAACUUUCUUACGAACCACUCUUCAGCAUCAGAGAAUCAGCAAACACCGGCCACAACCAUGUCGUUCUGUCGCAUCACGGGCAAAUGUCGGUCGCUACCGAAGCCCAACUACUUCCCGAUGCUGCCGCCGAUCUCGCCGGCCGCCGCCAAGCGCUACUGUCGCGUGACGGGCAAAUCGUACGGCCUCCCAUCGCACCACUUCAUCCCCGUGACGCUCGUAAAGCGCAGUGCCGGUGCAGACCGCUGCCGGGUGACGAACGUUUCGGCCGAGCUGGAACCGCACCACUACCAGCCCGGUGUGUACGGACGGCGCCGGCACGAGGUACUGUGCGCCUUCCGGUACGUCCUGCCCGUGCUGGACGAUAGUGACGAGGCGCAGCGUACCCUUACCGCCAUCCUGCAGGCCAAAACGAAACCCCUCGAGCAGAGCCUGUACGUGUAUCGGGUGGACGAACGCAACUUUGGGCUCGUGUUCCCGGCCCGGCUUGAGGCGGCCGUCCGCGAUGGCGACGUGCGCGAUGUGCUGCUCGCGAAAGAGUCCGACAAGCUGCUGAUAAAACUGCGCAAAGGCAACAGCGUGAGUGUGCCGCUGCAAAACUUCCAGCACAGCCCGCUGGAGGCGGACACACUGUACGAGGGUGAGGGCCCCCGGGAGGAGGUGAUCAAGCGGCGGGAAAAGGAGGACGCGAAGCGACCGAAACCGAAGCCGCGCUCGAACCUGUCGAGCAUUGCGAACAUCUUCGAAAGCAAGGAGCGGGUCGAGGAGGAACAGAUCGAGCAGGAGCAGCGCUUCAUCGAGGAGCACCGGGAGAAGGCGGUCCGGCUGGCGGCGGAGCGGCGCGAGCGGCAGCGGGCGGAGAAGCUGCAGGCGCUGCGGCUGAACGAGCAUCUGCUCGAGCAGGAACCGGAGCUGGGCGAUCUGGUGAAGCCGCUGAUCGAAUCGUGGGACUGGAGCACUCUGGAGCGCGAGGCUGCCGAUCGGAACGCGCAGGGUGGGGAGGGUGGUGUACGGAGUAGUGUGAGUGCGCUGCCGGUACCGCUCAGUGUGGUGCCGGUGGUGCUGCCCGCCAAGAAGCUGUCGGUGGACGAGGCGCUGCUCGAGCAUUGUGCCGGGCUGGAGGCGGCUUCGUACGUUGGAACGAUCACGCCGGUGAAGGUGGAGCUGAAGGCGGAACGGAAUGCAGCGAUCGAUGCACUCACACCGGAAAUGCUACAACAGCUCGCACUGCUGGAGGACCGCUUGACCGGGUCGGCGGAGCUGCUGCCCCAUCUGGACGAUCUUGCCUCCGUUAUGGCUCAUCUCGGGCAGGCAGCACCGACCGAGGUGGAUGGAGUGCCGGGUGUAAAGCUGAUCGUGAACCACCAGUCGGUGUUUGUGCCCGGCCAGAUGGUGCUGGUCGGUGGAAAGCCCACCUUCGUACCGGGACAGUCGCUCCCCAGCACCGGCACCACCAGCGGCGAGCUGGAGUUCGUCCCAGGCGUUACCAUCACCGGGCACGACGGCACCAUCCAGUUCAUUCCGGGCGAGGUAACGACGGUGCGGACCGGCAAGCAGGCCUCGAACGCAUUCGUCGCGGGCAAAACGAUCGCAGGGCAGGGCUUCGUGUGCGGCCAGGUGCUGACGGUGAACGGCGAGCCCCGCUUCGUGCAGGGUCAAACGAUCGUAACGCCCGAGGGAGUGAGCAAGUUCAUUGCGGGCGUUGUGGACGAGCGUACCGGGCAGUUCGUGCCAGGACAGCCGAUAGAAACUCCGGCCGGUUUGCGGUUCAUCCCCGGACAAACAAUCACAGUGCAGGGUCGGGAACGGUUCAUCCCGGGCCAGAACGUACCGAACGCAAACGGUGAGCUGGUGUUUGUGCCGGGUCAGACGGUGAGCGUGCCUGGCAGUGGUGAGGAUCGAUUCGUCCCGGGUAAAACGGUCGUGACGGCGGAGGGUUCGCGAUUUGUGCCGGGCCAGUACGCAGGGGACUCGUUCGUGCCGGGCAUUGUGGACGCCAAUGGACAGUUUGUGCCGGGCGUUAACAUUGAAACGAAGGAAGGCUCGAAGUUUGUCGAGGGACAGAUCGUACACACGAAGCACGGGGAUGUGUUUAUGCCGGGCACGACAACGAUCGGCCCUGGUGGGGAAGUGUCCUUUGCGUUGGCUUCUACCAUCGAUGCAGUACGAUUCAGUGAGGCUUCACCCGUUGGACUGGUAGUGGACGGAGAGCGACUUGCGAUCGAGGAACCUUCGCUCUGUGUGUUUGGUCAUUUGGUGCAGAACGACACCGGGGUGGAGUUUUACCCGGAACGCAUCGGAAGAGAGCAUCUCCCGGCGGGUAAGGUAGUACCAGGGAAACUAGUCAAACAACUCGCCGAAUCCAAGUUCAUACCGGGCAUAAAGACGGAAGACGAUGGGUUCAUCCCAGGUCAGGUAGUCCUCACAGACCGUGGCGAACAGUUCGUCCCGGGCCAAGUGAUCGAAACGUCCGAAGGCAUGAAGUUCGUCCCGGGGCAGAUCAUCGAAACGAAGAGCGGGCCCAAGUUUGUCCCGGGUCAGACGAUGGAAACCCCGGACGGACCGCGCUUUGUGCCGGGGCAGAUCAUCAACACGCGCGCUGGACCCACCUUCAUCCCCGGACAGGUGAUCAGCACGGACGACGAUGGGGAAAAGUUCGUGCCGGGGCAGAUCGUGGACACGGACGAUGGACCCCGGUUUGUGCCGGGCCGGGUCGUGGAGUCGGACAGCCGCGUCACCUUCAUCCCGGGGCGCAUCGUCCAGACGGCGGAUGGACCGCGGUUUGUGGCGCCCGACCUGAAGGACAACGAGGACGGCGAUGAAGAGUUUUCGGUGCAGAGCUUCACGGUGACGCCGGAGGAGCUCAAGCUGCUGAAGCCAAGUCAGCCGGCGUACGGUGGGGCCGUUUCGGGCGAGAGCACACUGGUCGUCAGCUUGGACAGCACCAUUCUCCAGAGCUUGGCCCAGUCGGGCAUGCCGAUCGGUCGGCAGGUGGAAGCGUCCGCGGUGGACUACGUGCUGGAAAGCACGAAAGAGCGGGCAGCGUUACAGCAGUUCCUGGCGGAGAACAGUCUGCCGGGGGCGAAGCUGGACGUGCUGGAGAGCAUAUUCGACGGGCUGAAGCAGGUCUGCCGGAAGGUGGACCGGGAGUCGCUGCAGUACAGUGAGUCGAACGCCCCGAAAGAUGAGUCAGUUUGCAACGGGUCGAUCGGUGUGGUAGAAGCACUGGCCGCCAGUUUGGCCUCCAUUCUCACCGACACACCGUCAGAUCCGAACGCUCCGGAACGGUCCCUUUACGAGAUGAUUGCGGAAGCGAUCAAAGCCUCAACCGGGGAGUACACGGUGGAGGAGCUCCAGCACGUAAUACAGUCGCCGGAAGCGGUCGACUAUCUGUUUGGCGCCGUGAACCGCACGAUCGUGAAGAGCAACAUCGACCAGAAGCUGCGCACACUGACGGCCCUGAUGGAGGAGGACGCGGUGCAGGAGGACGGCACUAGUGCUGGCCCGAGCGCCCUACCGACCGGCGCAAUCGACGAGUUCUGCCAGCUCCUCGGCAACGGCGGCAUGUCCGAAGCGUUCGUCAAUCUGCUCAAGAAGGACGAGCAGCUGUUCCGCACGAUCGUGACCAGCCUGAAGAGCUCGGGCGUGGUGGAGGACAGCGUGAACAUUUCGGAGAUACUGCAAACCGCGCUGGUGGACAGCAUUCAGGAGCGCGCCCAGGCCGCCCUGACCGAGCUGGUGGAGGAUCCGCGGGCCCACGACACGCUGCGCAAUCUGCUGCGCAAGUCGGAGGGUUUGGCGCACGCGCUCGGACACGCGAAGGAGGCGGAAGCGCUGCAGUACCUGCUGACCCAUCCGGGCGCGUUGCGCGAUCUGCACAAGGAGGACGAGCUGUUUACGAUCAUCAACCGGGUGCUGAUCAUGGAGCAGCUGGCCGAGGAUGACGACGAGUACCGGGAGCUGAUGGAGGGGCUGGAGCGGACGCCGGCGCACGCCACCAAGAGCGACAAGCUGCGGGAGCUGAUCCGGCAGAGCGGUGCGUUGUCGCAUGCGCCCGCCCGCCGGCCGGUCAUUGAGUCGUCGCGCGAUGUACCGCUGUCGCUGUUCUACACCAACAAUCAGCUGGCAAUUGAGGAGUUCUUCCUCAAGAGUGGCCAGUGCCAGCGGCAAUGCCCGAAAGCGUUCCUCAUCAUCAAGCGCGGCAUACAGGCGGUGAUACCGCGCGAAUCGAGCCACGAGGUGCUGGCGGGCAAGAUCGCGUACACUGUGCUGGAUGAGGACGGCAUUCGGCACUUCCAGCCGAUGAACGUGCUGUCGGCGCUGCGCAUUACGCCCCGGUUUCUGCACCGGUUUUCGAUGUACACCUGCGAGGUGCAGGAGGAACCGGACUACGAGACGCUUAGUAGCAGCGGGAGCAGCAGCCAUGAUGCGCUGGACAAGGUGGAUGAGGCGGCGUACUUCUAUCGGCCGCUGUCGCGCCGUGGAUCGUUGCGUGUUCCGAUCGUGCCCGUUGCCAACGGUAGCAGUGGACGGAAGGUUGAGCGGCAGGAAUCGUUCAGUCCGCGGUUGGUGAGUCGGAAGCUGCCGCCAAUUAACGGGUACCAUCCGGUGGGUUCGUUGCCACCAAUGCAACCACUAUACCAACCGCUGCACACCUUCCCCACGGUCGUCACACAUCAUCAGCAUCUGCAGCAGCAUGUACCAAGGCAUCAGCACCAGCAGCAGCAUCAGCAGCAUCACACACAGCCGCCGCAGCAUCACCAUCAUCAUCAUCACAGCCAGCAUUACCUCCCGGCAAAGGCAGACAAUGUUAAGACUCUACCGAUGGCAAUGAGGAUAGCGAUCAAGGCCUCGCUAGCGCAAGGCCGCGACCCGUCGAGCUGCUAUCGCUCCAACAGCCGGGACUCGCUCCACCGGUCCUCGUCCCGUGCGAGCGUCCACGACUGGACGAGCUGGAAGUGAUCACCAAGCAGGCUGACUGCUGCGACGCUGUGACGCAGGAUCUUUUUCUCUUUAGGUGCUACCAUUUGACUCUUUUUUUGCUGAUUGAGAUUUAGCAUUAGGUUUGUUAGGUUUAGGACGAUAAGACGAAAGCUGCUGAACUGAAUUCACCAAUCGGAGUGUGUACACAUCCCAAUCCUGCCUGGGUAAAACUGUGAAACCUGUAAAUUGCGCACAAAUAAAACAUACACAUCCCUCCGUUGGAGCAACUUGCUUUAA